AUGGAUCUGGAUAUAAAAGCAUUGGAUGGCAAACUCAACGCCGUGCUAGACAUGCCCGCUAAAGAUCCUGAUCAUCCCGUCUCCCGUUCCGCGUCGACGUCGUCGCUGGCUAGCACAUCCUCCGAAGCACUUAACUAUCAUUCAAUGCUCGUCCACGCCAGGGAGUCCCUUACAGAAGAAGAACAAGCACGACGGGCCGAAAUCGAACACUUGCGUCAACAACUUUUGGACAAUGAUCCGGAACGAAGAGUGAUGCGCGAACAACGGGAACGGGAAGAGGAAGCAAUCAAAACUCUCGCGAUGUGUGCGUGGGUCACAUGCCCAGCAUACGAGAGUGAGGCCUCACGACUCACGAUACGCCGCGCAGCAGAAGACAGUUCGAGGAAUAUUUCGGGGGAGGGAGGUACACCGAUAUGGGCUGAGAAUGACCAACGAUCCUUGGAACUUCAGCGGCAGAAGGAAGACUAUCUUCAAGUGGCGAGAAGUUUGUCGAUAUUUUUGGCUGGUGAUGAGGAAUCUGAAUGUGAAGGAGUCUUGCGCUAUCGACUGCGAAAUGUGAAGACCCUGCUGCGGCGCUACAAAUCUCAGUGGCAUAAAUCCAAUAGCCGUCUUCGGCAAGAUGCGCACAAGAGAAAGCAGCGCGUCUCUCAGGAGAUGUCCUCAGGUGGCCUGCCGCCAUUACCUAUAGCGGAUAUUUCCUCAGUCACGCUUCAGCUUUCCCUUCUAGUGACUAAUAAAUAA